AUGGUGGAGACCCCCAGGGACCCCYUGUGGGRACCCCYGGRGACCCCCAUGGUGGAGACCCCCAGGGACCCCUUGGACCGUGCGCGGAACACGGGUGUCAUCGCGUGCACCGUGUGCCUGGAGGAGUUCCAGACGCCCAUCACCUACCUCUCGGAGCCCGUGGACGUUUAUAGCGACUGGAUCGACGCCUGCGAGGCCGCCAACCAGUAGCGGGGAUUUACCCCCGACCUGGGGAUUCACCCCCGCACCCGGGGAUUUACCCCUGCCUGGGUAUUUACCCCCCACCUGGGUAUUUACUCCCACCCAGGUGGGGUUUUUUCACUCUUUUUCCUUUUUUCCCUGUGUUUUUCACCGUUUUUCGGUCUUUGGGGACACGCGCGGGGGGGACACGGUGGCUCCCCCCCAAUAAAGGCCACUGGGGGCA